AUGGCCUCAUUCCUCCCAAGCACAUCGUUCGGUAGCAGCAUACGCUGGCUAACCAAUGGCCGGCUCUUCCGGUUUCCAGAGGAAAGACCCGAGUUUCAAUUACCUCCGAAAUACUUAGCUGCGGCAGAAAGAGCUGCGCAGCAAUCAAGGUCACAAUCCAUCAGAGAUGAUGGUCAAGGAAACGAAGAACAAAGGAAUCAGAUUCCCACAUCACCAGGGCUAUCUUCACCCGGCGGUGACAGCGGGAGCCGGUCGGGAGAUAUAGAGAAAAGUGCACAGUCUGCGGGAUGCCAAUGGCUAAGUCCGGAAGUCACGCCUGAUGGAACAAUAUUAGUUGGAUGGUACUCUGAUUCUGACCCUGGAAACCCUCACAACUGGCCAUCAUGGUUAAAAGUUCUGGUAUACAUUCAGAUCAACUUCUACACCUUUGUCAUCUAUAUGUCAUCUUCCAUUUUCUCCAUCGUCCAGGGAGAAUUCAUGGCAAUCUAUGGCGCUCCUCAAUCAGUGGGCUCACUAGGACUCGCACUAGUCCUCCUGGGUUAUGGAAUCGGGCCGAUGCUCUUUAGCCCCAUGUCAGAAAUCACAGCUCUUGGUCGUAAUCCUCCAUACGUGAUUACUUUGGUAAUCUUCAUGGUUUUAACUGUUCUUACCGGAGUGGUGGAUAAUGCUCCUGGUUUCCUUGUCCUGCGCUUCCUUCAGGGGUUCUUUGGUUCGCCAUGUCUUGCCACUGGAGCAGCAUCAUUAGCAGACGUGACUAGCCUCAUCAACCUUCCUUAUGGUCUUUGGAUCUGGGGAACAUUCGCUACUUCUGCGCCUGCAGUAGCCCCAACAAUUGCCGGAUUCAGUUCUGUCGUCAAGGGUUGGCGAUGGUCCAUGUGGGAAGUUCUCUGGGGUACUGUACCGUGUUUAAUAUUGUUGUUAAUUCUCCCGGAAACAUCUUCUGAGACAAUUCUCUACCGACGUGCAAAACGGCUUCGGGCUGUUACUGGAAACGGUGCCUUUAGGGCUCCUUCUGAACUGGACAAGUCAAAGUCAUCUAUAGCCGCCAUUGUGAAUUCUGCACUUAUCAUUCCCUGGAAGAUCAACGCAUUGGAUCCAGCCAUCCUCUUUACCACAGUCUACACAGCAUUAGUUUACGCCAUCUUCUACUCCUUCUUUGAAGUCUUCCCUCUCGUCUACCUGAACAUAUACCACAUGAGUCUACCACAUAUGGGCCUUGUGUUUCUCACCGCCAUCAUUGCCGUUUUGAUCAUUAUGCCAUUCUACUUCAUCGUGACUCAUUUUGCAAUAAGUCGACCCAUCCUAAGCGGGACAUUCCCUCCACCGGAACGCAGACUUAUACCAGCCCUACUAGGUUCUCUGUUGGUUCCCGCUGGGAUGUUUCUAUUUGCCUGGACUUCGAGAAAGGAAAUUCACUGGACUGUACCAACCGUGGGAUUCUUGCUCAUAAUGGCUGGAGUGGUCACCCUCCUACAGUGCAUGUUUGGAUACAUGGCCGUUGCGUAUCCGAAGUAUGGGGCAAGUUUAUUCGCCAUGAACGAUUUUGCCCGAUCAUCUCUUGCUUUUGCGUCGAUUAUGUGGUCCGGCCCACUAUAUCGUAACCUGGGAAUUGCCAAGGGUACAAGUCUGAUCGGGGCGUUAACGGCCGCCUGUGUCUUUGGCAUUUAUACCCUCUAUUGGUUUGGACCUACGUUACGAAAAAGGAGUCGAUUUGCAGAGUAG